AUGGAUGACCCAAGUGAACGAACCUGUUAUGUGUGCAGUCUCCAUGAAAACGUUACUGAGGAACUUCUGAAGGAACUAUUCAGUCAGGUGGGACCCCUCGAUACAGUCAUUCUGCGUACGAGCAGUAAUCGUGACUCUGGUCCAACUCAUCGUUAUGCCUUGAUCGUGUUCAAGCAUGAAGUGAGUGUUCUGUUUGCAUGUGAAAUGCUUGAUCGAAUUGAGCUUUUCAAGAAACAAAUUUCGGUUCGACCUAAACAAGGCACUCAGCAGGCGCUACAGUACCGGAACAAUACUUCUGUUUCUGCAUCGCAUAAUUCGAUUUCGUAUCCAUCGAUGUCGCGCAAUUAUUCAAGCAAUGGACUAUUUGAUGCCCAUAGACGCAGGCAAAACGAAAGUGAAGAAUAUUAUGUAAAGCGCACCCGAGAAAAUAAAUCUGGUGCGAACAUCUUCACUGUGUCUACUGCUGCUGUAAAUGGGGGCUACUGA